AUGGCUAUUCAAAAAGUUAGUAACAAGGAUUUGUCCCGCAAGGACAAAAGAAGAUUUAAUAUCGAGUCUAAGGUAAAUAAGAUUUAUCAGAAUUUUUAUUUAGAGAGAGAUAAUCAAUAUAAAGAUAGGCUGACAGCAUUGCAGACAGAUCUAACUUCUCUGCAUCAAGGUGAUAAUGGUCUAUAUGCUCGUCAAGUGCGUGAUUUGGAGGAAGAAAGAGAUUUAGAGUUGGUCAGGUUACGCCUAUUUGAAGAGUAUCGUGUUUCUCGUUCCGGUAUCGAAUUUCAAGAAGAUAUCGAGAAAGCCAAGGCUGAGCACGAGAAACUCAUCAAGUUAUGCAAAGAAAGACUUUAUUCAUCUAUAGAGCAAAAAAUAAAGAAAUUACAAGAAGAGAGGUUAUUAAUGGAUGUGGCGAAUGUACAUUCAUAUGCCAUGAACUAUAGCAGGCCGCAGUACCAAAAAAAUACAAGGAGCCACACAGUAAGUGGUUGGGACUCUUCAUCCAAUGAGUAUGGUAGGGACACGGCUAAUGAAAGUGCUACUGACACCGGUGCAGGAAACGAUCGAAGAACACUCAGGAGAAGAAACGUCUCUAAAGAAACAAGAGGCAACAGCAAUAAUCAGGAGGAAUCUGAUUUCCAAACUGGUAAUGGUUCUGGGAAUAACGGCCAAGGUUCUAGACAAGGGUCCCAAUUUUCCCAUUUCAACAACCUAACCUACAAAUCAGGCGUGGUAUCUGACUCAGACUUCCUACAGUGUAUAAAUGAAGGCACUGACCUAUAUGCAUUUUUAUUUGGGGAAAAGAAUCCUAAAGAUAACGGCAAUGGUAAUGAAAAGAAAAAAAAUCGUGGAGCCCAAAGAUAUUCCACUAAAACUGCACCGCCCUUGCAAUCUCUAAAACCAGAUGAAGUCACUGAGGAUAUUUCUUUGAUUAGAGAAUUGACAGGCCAGCCCCCAGCUCCUUUUAAACUAAGGUCCGACUAG